AGAGUGACAGCCACCGCCUGGCUGGUGGCAGGGGACAGCGUGUCCCGAUGUCCUGCACCGCGUCCUUGGGGGCACAGCAGGGCUGGGGGCUGCGCUGACCCCUGGGUGGGGGCUGCUCGUGGGGCUCCUGUUGUUUUGGGGUCUGUCCUGGAUGAUGUCCCCCCCCCGCCCGCUCCCUUUGCGCACCGCAUCAUCACGCUGCGGACGGGCAGCGUCAGCUCCCAGUAUAACCUCAGCUCCAAGGAAAUUCUCGGCGGAGGAAAAUUCGGUGAAGUACACACGUGCACGGAGAAGCAGACGGGGCUCAAGUUGGCUGCCAAAGUCAUCCGGAAGCAGGGAGCCAAGGACAAGGAAAUGGUGCUGUUGGAGAUCGAUGUGAUGAACCAGCUGAACCACCGCAACCUCAUCCAGCUCUAUGAUGCCAUCGAGACACCCCGGGAGAUCAUCCUCUUCAUGGAGUUCGUGGAAGGCGGAGAGCUCUUUGAGCGGAUCAUCGAUGACGAUUACCACCUGACAGAGGUGGACUGCAUGGUGUUCGUGCGGCAGAUCUGCGAGGGCAUCCGCUUCAUGCACCACAUGCGCGUCCUGCACCUCGACCUCAAGCCCGAGAACAUCCUCUGCGUCGCUGCCACUGGGCACAUGGUGAAGAUCAUUGAUUUUGGGCUGGCUCGAAGGUACAACCCCAAGGAGAAGCUGAAGGUGAACUUUGGCACUCCUGAGUUCCUCUCCCCUGAGGUGGUCAACUACGAGCAGGUCUCCUACUCCACGGACAUGUGGAGCAUGGGAGUCAUCACCUACAUGCUCCUCAGCGGCCUCUCCCCCUUUUUGGGUGACAACGAUACCGAAACACUCAACAACGUCCUGGCAGCCAACUGGUACUUCGACGAGGAGACCUUCGAGAGCGUUUCUGAUGAGGCCAAGGACUUUGUCUCCAACCUCAUCAUCAAAGAGAAGAGCGCCCGGAUGAGUGCAGGGCAGUGCCUGCAGCACCCCUGGCUCACCAACCUGGCAGAGAAAGCCAAACGCUGCAACCGCCGCCUCAAGUCCCAGGUGCUGCUCAAGAAAUACGUCAUGCGACGGCGCUGGAAGAAAAACUUCAUUGGGGUUUGUGCUGCCAACCGCUUCAAGAAGAUCACCAGCUCGGGCUCGCUGACGGCGCUGGGUGUCUGAUUACGGGUGUGGGCUGAGCACCGUGAGCUCGGGCCAGACUAUGGGUUUGGGGCCGUGCCCGGGUCCGGCUCCUGGACGCAGCAGGAUCUGUACGGGGGCGGCCCCACCUGCAUCCAUCUCACUGUGGGGCAGAGGGCUGGCACCAACCCUGCUCCACCCCCGGUCCUGCUCCAGCUCUGCCGCAUCCCUCGUGGCCGCUGCGCUGGUACGGGUGCUGUGGGGCUGCUCAGAGCACAGACUCUGUGCGCUCCCCACCUGCUCCCACCUUUUAUGGACUCUCAGGGCCUGAGCCAUCCGCAUCCCUACAACGCUCCCCCCUUCAUUCCCACGGCCGUGCAGCCGCCGUUCCCCGCACCCAUCAAUGUCCCACCCACACCACGCUCAGCGCUCCCUGCUCGCAUUUCUCUCAGUUGCCUUUGGGGGAGGCUCAGGAUGAGCCCCGCUGCACGGGCAGCCCACGCGCUCCCCACCACCUCGCACCCACGCUUGGCACUCAGCUCUGCUUGUAAAUGCCGCAGCAGUGCCCCGCGAUCGCUUCGUUGGAUCCUUUUUGCAGUGCUGGGCUCCUCUCCCGCAGCGAAGCCAGUGCCACGGUGCGGGGAUGCUGAAGCAGGCGGGGACCCACACCCCGGCGCUUGGCACAGGACCGGUGCUGCGGCCGCUCCUCCCCGCCGGAGGAAGCCGGACUUGGCCCCGCGCUGCUGCUCGCCGGGAGGGCUGCACAGGAAGGGAGGAAGCAUCCGAGCUCGCUUCCAGGAGCAUCCAUCCCCAGCUGGGAGCCGGCGAGCGAAGAAGGAGUCUUUGUGUUGCUGCUCACCCUUGCCCUCCGCGCUGCCAGCGGGGGAGCAGCACGGCCGCUCCUUCACACGUCCCCGCCAGAUAAAGGCAUCCUAAUGCAGAGCAGCUGGCCGCGCUCCCCCCGCGCCGGAGGAUUGCUUCAGCUCUGACCACCAACACACAGGAACUGCCGCCCGCCAGCGUCCCCCCGCAGUCAGCAUGGCCGUGCCGGGGCCGCGGGCGCCGCUCCGCUUCCCACCCAACCCUCGUCCCCUCCUUCGUCCCUGUGAGCCCCAACCUCGUGGCGCAGGACUGACACCACGCUCCCCAUCCCUGCAGCUUUGGGUUUUGCCGUGGGGUGAGGGCUGUGACGCGGGAGAGCCCACACCGGUGCGUUCGGCUUCUUGUAAAUAAAUGUACAGGUCUGAGAGCA